GACAUAAAUUUUUGUAUAUCAGUACAGUUGGAUUGAUGCCGAAUUUUUUAUUUUGGUUAUCAUUCCACAUUUAAAAGCAUUAUAAUAUAUAAACUAAAAAGCGUUAUUCUUAUUAGUUACUGUUCUGUGUAUAAUAUAAGAAUUAUGAUUACGAACUUUGAUAAACUUUGUUUAGAUUUAGAAAAACAAGAGCUUGAGGCACCGAAUGGAGUAACCUCAGCGUCGAAUUAUGCACAGUUAUUAGCAAUAUAUUUAUAUCAGAAUGAUUUAUGUAACGCAAAAUUCCUAUGGAAAAGAAUACCCCAGAAUAUUACAUCAAGCAAUCCAGAAUUAGUGGCCAUAUGGACAGUUGGACAGAAAAUGUGGAAAAAAGAUCUCCCGCGAACUUACCAAGCCCUUGCUGCAUACCAUUGGGUUGAACCAGUUGCUACUAUUAUGAGAGCAUUGGAAGAAAAAGUUCGUGAAAGAGCGUUUAACUUGAUAGGACGGUCAUACAGCUCAAUUUCAAUAGAAACUGUUGUCUCAAUGACUGGCUUAAGCAAGGAAGCCGUUCUACAAAUAUGCAGGGAUCGAAAAUGGGAGUUAAAUGAGGAUGGAGUCACUGUGAACCCUAUGCCUCCAGUCCAACCCGCUCCACUGCAUACAUCCAGUGAAGACCAGCUUUUCAAACUCACAGAAUUCGUAUCAUUUUUAGAAAACUAACUCGUUUAGUUUACAGAUUUAAAUCUAGCUGUUACAUUUAGAUUAUAUUGAAGCCUUAAAGGAUUGAGCAUAUUUUCUUUAGAUUAAAUUCAUAUCAUUUUCUUUACUUUUUUACCUGCAGUAGUUUUUGUUGGUCAGUUAAGUAAAUCUUUUUCGAAACAAAUAAUUAACAGUCAAUAUGGAUAAUGCAAAAAUUAAACAUGGUACUUGUUGCACUCCAUUAGAAAUUUAAUCUUUAUAAUUAAUAUUGAUAUGCAGUGGUUGUAAAGAUUGAGGAAAUUAUAAAUACUUUAGAAACAAAUGUAACUUUAGUAAUAAUG